AUGGAUAUCAUCACAGCUCAACGUCUGGUUGAGGGGACAGAGGAGGGUCUCAGGGAGUGUGCGAGGGACUUUGAAGGAGUUAAGUGUGCAGCUGAUGAGUUUGUGAAGUGGGCUAAUGGGAAGUUGGAAGAGGAGGAGGAGUGUGAGCUGGCAGUGCAGACUGCCCUUCCUGAGAAAAGGUUCAGAAAGAAGAAAAGAAUGCCAGGAGAGCUUGCAGAAGAUGAGCAGCUAGCAUCAGCUGAUACUGACUUCAAGUACAAUCUGCUAACUGAUGCCUACCACGUGAUUGGACUGGCCUACAAGUUGCUAUUAACACUGUCCAUCACACAAGUAGCCUCCCAGCAGGCAGUAAAGAUGGAGAGAUCUCUUUGGUGUGAGGAGGCCGAGGGGGAGCAGAGUCCACAAACCUCCGGGAGCGACUCGCCUCAGCUGCGAGCUCCCUGGGACCCCACGGUGUCGGGGCACCGGGUGAUCCAGAGCCUCCUUCACGUGGAGGAGAGGUACAUGCCGUCCAUGCUUUACAUCACCCUCAUCCAGCGGGACCCGGAGCGCCGGGAGGAGCUCACCAAAUGGGCCCUGGAGGCGUGCUGCGAUUGUUGCUGCGACGAGGCCGUCUUCCCCCUGUCCGUCUCUCUGAUGGACAGGUUCCUGUCUGCUACUCUGUCCCUGCCCAUCUCCCCCUACUGCCUGGCCGCCGGCUGCAUCCUGAUCGCCUCCAAGCUCGCCGAGUGUGACAACGUCACGGCUGACGCUCUGUGUGCAGCAGCCGAGUACAGUUUCCAGCCGUCUAACCUGCGGGAGAUGGAGCGUAUCAUCCUUGCCACCCUGCGGUGGGACACGGCAGCGGUGACCCCUCAGGACUUCCUCCCGCACUUCGUGGCCUCCGUAGAGGAGCGAGGAGACUCCCAGCAGGAGCCGCUCUCCACCCUGCGCCGCCACGGCGACACGCUGGCCGCCAUGUGUGUCUGCGACUCCCGUUUUCUGGGAGCUCCGCCGUCCCUCGUUGCCGCAGCGUCGCUGAACUGUGCCCUGCGAGGACUGGGCAACAAGGGACCAACUCAGCUGGCUCUGGUCAGCGAAACGCUGGCCGACCUGUGCCAGACAGACCCGGCGGUGCUGCAGUUCUACAGUGAGAAGAUUGAAGACGCCCUGCGACAGCGGCUGAGGGCUGGACUGCAGCAAGGCCCCACGGAGAAGGGUGAAGAGGUGGAGGACGAAAGGCCUGGAACACCAACUGAUAUGACAGCAGUUGAUUUCUAG